UGUCGUCACGCCCAGCCUGUGGAGCCUGUGGGGCAGGUAGAGCAGGUUACAAACACUCAUUGAGCCAUUGCGCGUGACACACGUCCACAGAGCGCACACCUGUAAUGCUCGUAGCUGCUCCUCUCUGCGUCUCUCGCCCGAACACAACAUGAAGCUCGCCGUCACUGUCGUCGUCCUGAGUGUGGCCGUCAUGACGGUGCUGAUCUACCAGGCCCUGCGCCAGGAGCUCCGGCUGCGCAGCUUGAAAACCCGCACGGUGGAGAGCAACGAUGCGGUGAGGAGGAAGGAGGAAGCGAUCACCGAGGUGAAGAAGAAAAUCGUGGAGCUGAAGACGGAGAUGGAAGCCGCCAACGCCAAGAUGGACGAGCUGAGGAAUAGGAAGUCGGAGACCGAAAAGUCCAUACAGGAGUUUGAGACAAGUCUGAACAGCUGCAACACAGAGAAGGAAGAGGCAGAUAAGAAGAAGAAAGAGGUGUGGGAGACCCUGACUAAACUUAAAGAUGAGCAAGCAGAGGCUAAAAAGAAAGCAGAGGAGGAUAUUCACACCUUGAAACAACAGAUCCUGGAUAAAGAUAAAGCUAUUUGUGCCUUUGCCGACACGUCAAAAGAAGAAGCACGGAAGCUGUGUGGAAUCGCCGAAGCUGCAAUGUAAAGUCAACUCAGAACACUCAACAUUGACUGAGCUUUUUAAAAGAGAAGAGUGCGAUGCCUACAGGAUAUUUUGUAAUAUCACUUUGAUUAUAGCUCUGAUUGCUUAAAAAAGAUUUGUAGAUCCUUUCGUGGGACAAAUGGCAGAGACAGGGAGUGGGGAAAUAUGUUGCAAAUGUUUAUAUCUUUUUUUUAAAAAUGUGAUUGUUUGUCAUUAGGAUCUAUUUUGGCCUUGUGUCUCUGUAAUGGACCUGACACAUACUUGGGAUUUAAGUCUUCAUAAAUACACAAACUUGGCUGUUUAGCAGAGUCGUAACCAAAAAUACCUUCCCCUGAUUCAACUGAUCAAACUAGCUUGUGUAGCAUCGGAAUCAGCCUGCCUGAGGCAUAUACGAGCUGUGAAAUGUCCCCUGCCCCCUGUUGAAACCUGAGUGACAACCAGACGAGUACAUGAUCAUCGCUGUAAUCUCCUGUGUGUUUGUUAAACUCGCUCAAUAGAACAAAAUGUUUAUGCUUCUUGGAAAUACCAAGUCAGGAGGUUGAGUGAGGGGGGAUAUGUAAUUAAAGUAGAACACUAUUAAAUGUUUAUAUAAAUGAUUACUGACAGGUGUGUUUCCAAACAUGUGUAUAAAAGCCACAGUCAUUUCCAUCUAUUAUCUGAUUUGUAGACAAUAAAGUUUCACCUGGCAGAA